CGUCACCAAUGUCCCUUCCUCACCACUCAUCAGGCUCAACUGGUGCAGGCUCCCUUCAUUUUCCCCCAUUUACAUAUAACCCUUCUUUCUUCUUAAUUUCCCCCAAAUUAAAAGCAACAUAAAAAAAAUAAAACCCUAAUUUACUUUUCUUCAUUGACUUCCGCCAUUUUUUACUUUCUCUCUCCUGUUUUAGGUUUAUCUAAUGGAGAUUGUUCUUCAAUUUAUUCGUAUUUCAGUCUUCAUGGAAUCUCUCCUUAUUGGGUAAAUCUUUGAAUCUCCUUUUAACCUAAAUUUUCGUUGUUUUUUCUGAAUUCCAGUUCCCCCUUUUUUUGGGGUUUUUUUUAUGGAUGUGAUCAGUUUGAUUCGAUACUCCUCGCCGAAUCUUCAUGAGAUCCUUUGGUUUGUUCAUGUCUUCAUUUGAUCCUUUUAUUUGUCAAAUAGAUCAAUUUUUGUUCCUCUUUUCGAAUUACAAACGAUGGACUCUGAUGUUCUAACCCUGGUUUUCGGCUUUUGUUUUUAUUGCGUUUGCCCUAAUUUUUAUCUGUGAAAAGGAAUUUGUUGGUGGUUUUUUGUGAUUUGGGGUUUGAUUCAUUGACAAAUAUGGAAAAAAUAAAGAAUUAUGAUGGGGAUUUGUUUUGUUAGUUCUGAAAGAUUGAAAACCCUAGAUUUGGGGGAAAAUAGAAGCGAUUAACCAGGGUUAGAGCGGUAUAUAUAGAUGAUGGGGGAAACUCUAUUGACAACUUUAUCGAUUGAGAAUUACCAUCCAUCUACUGUGUUGUCCAUGGAUUCGAGCUCCUCGUCUCAUGAUGAGUCAGAGAGAGAUGUGAAUCGGUCGGUCCUUCAAUCGGGGCCGCCUGAUAUCAAUCUCCCAUUAUCGGUAGAACUCAGUGUGCUCCCACAAUUGUGGAAUGAUAGCUGUGAGAUUUUAGAUGUUGGUCUAGGUCCUCAAGUUGUUACUCAGGGUGUGGCAAUUGUGAAUGUUCCUAAAGUGGGUAGGAAAUGUGCGAAACGCGUGGAUAGUAUAUGGGGUGCUUGGUUUUUCUUUAAUUACUACUUCAAACCCGUGUUGAAGGAUAAUUCCAAGUGUAAGAUCACGAGAGAUAGCAACGGUUGGGGUGGUUUCGACAAGUCUGACUUGAAACUUGAUUCUUUCUUGGUACAGCAUGAUAUGGAGAAUAUCUAUAUGUGGGUAUUCAAAGGGAGGCCUGAGAAUUCAUUGGGGAAGAUGCAGUUGAGAAGUUUCAUGAAUGGACAUUCUAGGCAAGGGGAACGCCCGUUUCCUUUUAGCGUUGAUAGGGGAUUUGUGCGAUCACACAAAAUGCAAAGGAAACACUACAGGGGCUUGUCAAACCCGCAGUGUGUUCAUGGGAUUGAAUUGGUUGGCUCACCUGAUUUUACAGCCUUAGAUGAAUGUGAGAGGAAAAGGUGGUUGGAGCUUACAGGGCGGGAUACAAACUUCUCAAUACCUGAGGAAGCAAGUGAUUUUGGUUCUUGGAGGAAUCUUCCACCAAUGGAGUUUGAGCUAGAACGGCCUACUCUUUCGACAAAGGGUACUCAAAGAAAGGUGAUUCCUGAUACAGGACUGAAUUUUUCAACUCAGGCAUUAAGGAAUGGUCUCAGUAAUGGGGUGGAUCUCUCUCAUGUUGCUAAGAAACAAAAGAAAGACUUUUACUCUAAUGGUUGCAUUGACAAUGGCUUUCUACAAAUUAACUCACAUUCUGACAGUAUAUUGGAUGUAGAAUCUCAUUUGGUAGAACCAGUUUGGUCAAAUGAGUUUAGCGGUGUGAUGAAGAAUGUCUAUGGUCCUGUCACAGCUGCAAAAAGCAUAUACGAGGAUGAAAAGGGGUUCUUGAUUAUUGUUAGCCUACCCUUUGCUGAUCCUCAAAGGGUGAGAGUUACAUGGAAGAAUACUCCUACACAUGGAAUAGUGAAGGUAGCUUGUGUUAGCACAGCUUGUUCACCACUGAUAAAGAGACAUGGCAGGACAUUCAAACUGUCAGACCCGAUGCCAGAGCACUGCCCUCCUGGAGAGUUCAUUAGGCAAAUUCCUUUGCCUACACGGAUUCCAGAAGAUGCAAAGCUUGAAGCUUAUUGUGAUGAAACCGGAACAGCACUUGAGAUAAUGGUCCCUAAACAACUUGCUGUACUUGAAGAGCAUGAAGUCCAUGUUUGUCUGCGACCUUCUCCUUGGGUUUGAACUAGUUUUUAUUUUGAAGCCGUAAUGUAAGAAAAUCUUUAGAUGUUUACUAUGGAACUAUCCCAGCAUUGAUUACUAACUGUAUCUCAUAUAAAAGAAACGCGUUGAAGUUCAGUUGUGUUUUUCUUAA